GCCAAUCGCUUCCGGGUUCCGCUCUGGCCGACCUCCGUGGGGCGGAAUUUAGGUUAUGGAGGAGCGGCGCCGCGAUUGCGGGGAAGCGUGGUGCUGAAUUUGGGGAAGCACAUGAAUCGCAUACUAGAGGUGAAUGUGGAGGGGGCUUAUGUGUUGCUGGAACCGGGGGUGACGUACAUGGAUCUUCACCAGUAUUUGGUUUGGAAUGGGCUGAGGGAGAAGUUGUGGAUUGAUGUGCCUGAGCUGGGAGGCGGGUCUAUCUUGGGAAAUGCCGUCGAAAGAGGAGUCGGAUACACCCCGUAUGGAGACCAUUGGAUGAUGCACUGCGGGAUGGAAGUGGUUCUGCCAACGGGCGAAUUACUUCGUACUGGAAUGGGAGCGAUGCCAGAGCGAGAUUCGUCUGGCGAUGAGAAAACACGACCUGAUGAAGAACCGGGAAAUAAAUGCUGGCAACUGUUCCCGUACGGCUAUGGGCCUUAUAAUGACGGUCUUUUCUCCCAGAGCAAUUUGGGGAUCGUGACGAAGAUGGGAGUUUGGUUGAUGCCGAAUCCAGGAGGCUUUCAGUCUUAUCUGGUUACCAUACCUAGGGAGGAGGAUCUUCACCAGGCUGUUGAGAUAAUCCGACCACUACGAGUCCAACUCGUCCUGCAAAACGUCCCAAGCAUUCGCCACAUCCUACUAGACGCAGCGAUGAUGCGCAACAAGUCCGAAUGGACAUCAUCCACCAAUCCCAUCGACGAUGAGGGCCUAGACGAAAUUUCCAAAUCACUCAAUCUCGGACGAUGGAACUUUUACGGGGCGUUAUAUGGCCCAGAAUCCGUCCGAAACAACCUCUGGCAGAUAAUCAAACAAUCCUUCUCUGCGAUCAAAGGCGCAAAAUUCUACUUUCCUGAGGAUAUCAGGGAGCAUUGCGUUCUCCACAUUCAGAAUUUGACACUCCAGGGUAUCCCGAAUAAUGAAGAAUUGAAAUGGGUCCAGUGGCUUCCCAAUGGGGCGCAUGUGUCUUUCUCGCCGAUUAGCAAGAUCUCAGGAGAUGAUGCGCGUUCGCUAUACUCUAUCGUCAAGAGGAGGUGUAACGAGGCCGGGUUUGAUUACAUCGCGACAUUCACUAUCGGGAUGAGAGAAAUGCAUCACAUCCUCUGCAUAGUUUUCGACCGAGAAGACCCCAUAAUGAGAAGAAAGGCACACCAGCUAAUCAAGACCUUAAUUAAAGACUGCGCGGCACACGGAUGGGGUGAAUACCGAACACAUCUAGGCCUGAUGGACCAGAUCGCUGAAACGUAUAACUGGAACGACAACGCACUGAUGCGAUUCAACCAGACGAUCAAAAACACACUCGACCCGAAUGGCAUUUUGGCUCCGGGGAAGAGCGGUAUAUGGCCGGCAGUUUAUGAUAGAAACAAAUAUAAAAUGUAAAUAUGGAUGGUAUUCUCU